UCUUGUGUUUUGUUUUAUCUUAGAAGAAAUGUAGAAGAUUUCACUGGACCUAGAGAAAGAAGUGAUCUGGCGUUUGUCACGUUUGACAUUACUGCAGAUCUGCAGAGUAUAUUUGACUGGAAUGUUAAACAAUUGUUUCUAUAUCUGUCUGCAGAAUACUCAACGAAAAACAAUGCUUUGAACCAAGUGGUCCUUUGGGACAAGAUCAUUUUGAGAGGAGAUAAUCCAAGGCUGUUCUUAAAAGACAUGAAGUCGAAGUACUUUUUCUUUGAUGAUGGAAAUGGUCUCAAGGGAAACAGGAAUGUCACUUUGACACUCUCCUGGAAUGUUGUACCAAAUGCUGGCCUUCUACCUCUUGUGACAGGAUCAGGACAUAUGUCUGUACCUUUCCCAGAUACCUAUGAAACAACAAAAAGUUAUUAAAUUAUAAUACUGAAGCAACAUAUUUUUAUACUUGUAUAUUGUGAAUAAAUUUUAUUGCGGUUUCUUCACACAUCCCACACAGCCCCUCCUAUGAAAGGUACUUAAUUUCCUCAGGUUCAGCAUCAUGGAAAAAGGAAAAAAUUGAAUUUUUUUAAAUAAAAUGUUGAAACUGAAACCUAAAGUAAAGGUAAAUUGUGGAGUACUGUCUUUUGGUGUUGGGGUGGGAAACAGUUUUGUUGUUUUUUUUUUUUGUUCAUUUUCUUUUCUUGGCCAUCUGGGUAUAGAUCUACCUUUCUUUUAAAUAAACAUUUUUACACCAGAAA